GUGCACCAUUCAGUUGUGCCAAGAUCCGGCACCUAUUCACAGCACAACCGUAAUAAAUAGAGUUAUGACCAUCACGAAGGUUAUUCCGCAACAAUAUUAUUAAAUUCGAAAAAAAUUAGGUGAACAGCCACCUACUGUAACUGUUGAUGGCUUGCAUGAAAGGUCACAGACACAUCUAUCUAUUUUAGAAGUGACUGUAAAACAGAAAACUUGUUCAAUUUCUCCGGCUAGUGCGGUUAUUCCAAAAUACUUCAUUAUUUAGUUCAGCAAGAUAACAUGUCGACAAUACUAUAUUUCUUAUGCAUUUGCUUCGCAUGCAUUGCUGCUCAAAACGAUUCCAAAAUAGGAGAUUCCUUGAAUAAUUUCGCAACAAGGUUGUUACAGUUUACUGCAGAUGAGGCCGGCGAUGACAUGAAUUUAGCUCUAUCCCCUUAUACAGUAUGGUCCCUUUUAAGUAUAAUUGCAGAAGGAGCAAGAGGAAAUACUUCCAAGGAAUUGGAGAACGUAUUACAAAUAUCCAAUGAGAAGAACGAGUUCAGAAAUGAAUUCAAACAAUUAAAAGGAACAUUACAGAAUAAAACUGUUGGUGUUACAUUAGAACUAUCCAGUGGAAUUUUCACGAAUAAAAAACAUUCACUCAAGCAAUCAUUCCAAGAUGUAACAAAGCAAUAUUACGAUGUUGAUACGAUACCAGUCGAUUUUAAAGAUUUAAAGGCGUCAUCUGAAUUAAUCAAUAGUUAUGUUGCUAAAGCAACUAAUAACAGAAUUGUGAAUUUCAUAUCUCAAAGUGACAUCAAGGAUGCCGAAAUAUUCUUAACAAGUACUCUGUAUUUCAAAGGAGAUUGGACAAAUCCUUUCAACAAGACUGCAACAAAAAAUUCACCGUUUUUCAAUGAGAAAGGAGAGGAAAUUGGCAAAGUUGACAUGAUGUUUUUAUCAGGAGCUGUAGCUUUCCUGAGAUUAGAGGCAUUAAAAGCGCAAGCUGUAUUACUUCCAUAUGGCAAUGGCUCAAAAAUGUCCAUGGUUGUAAUUUUACCCCUGAGAGGCUCUUCCAUAGCUGAAGUUUUAGAACUUAUGCACCAAAUGCAAAUGAGAACAAUUAUUGAGAAACUCAAAGAAGCUGAACAACAAUUCAUCGAUGAGGAUGUCAAUAUCUUCUUGCCAAAAUUUUCUGUUUCGUCUGAUUUGAAUAUGAAUGUUGUUCUGAGCAAGAUGGGAAUUAAGGAAGUGUUCGACGCACAAAAAGCGGAUUUAUUGAAUAUGGUGAAUCAAUAUCUAUUCGUCUCUAGGCUCAUUCAGAAAGCGGAAAUUGAUGUUGAUGAAGAGGGUACAAUAGCUGCUGCAGCUUCAGGUGCUGCCGUUUCUUAUAAGCAACAAACUCCUAAAUUCAACGCAAAUCGCCCCUUCAUAUAUUCUAUUGUUGAUAUGGAAGCAAAGACUGUGGUUUUCAAUGGAGUCUACCGAAAUCCAAAAAGAGCAUCGAAUUCAAGUUAAUAAAAUUUUGAAUUGGC